AUGCCUGCCAUCCGGAGGCUCGCCGUCGCCAUCAUCGUCGGCCUCUUUGUUGGAUUGGGUCUCUCUUUGGCCAAGGACGCCGGCCCAUGCCUCGGUGCCGCCCACCGCAUCCUGGACCAUGACGCCGAAGCUGCCCAUGCUCAAGGCCAUGGCUUUGCCUCGGCCAUUGCCUCGCUAGUCAAGCGGCAGAACGACGGCGGGGGAAGCAAUGCCACUUCUGCUGCCAGCGCUCCCAGUGCCCAGGCCUCAUCUGCGCCCGCCUCGGCACAGUCUCCAACUCCAAACGCGACGCCCGCCGGUUCUUCAUCAAACGCCCCCGCUGCCACAUCGAGUGCGCCCGGGACCUCCAAGGCGCCCGUCUCUUCGGCAAGCCCUCGUGCUCCAGCAUCGUCCAGACACGCCAACCAGCGCUACCAAACUAGAUACCACGCCCGCCAGCUCCCGUGCGGACCCGACAACCUCGUCCCAGGCUGCUCCCGCCACCUCGGCCUCUUCCACUCCACGGCAGGCAUCUUCCGAGUCUUCGCCUUCUGCAACUUCGGCCUCUUCCACGACCGAGGAGUCAUCCGCUGCAUCGUCCGUGUCCAUAUCCUCUUCUUCUUCGUCAUCUUUGUCAUCUUCAUCAUCUACCUCUAUCAGCCCCAGUCGACAUCGACGUCUUCGUCCCAAACCUCUGCAGACGAAGCUACCACGACCACCUCGGAUGCAACAAGCCGCGAGACAAUCACGACAGGAGCGGUGUCCACGUCGAGCGCUAUCCGGAAGACGUGGACCACCACAUUGGGCGACGGCGGCGUCAAGGUCCUGACCUCGACUUCUUGGGUGGCUGUCGUCCCAUCGGCCGCAUCCUCCUCCGGCAAUUCGAAAGAUGCGGGCCUCCAGAAUGCCGCGUCACAGAACCGGGGAGCCAUCACCUUGGCCGCUGCAGCAGGGGCCCUCGUCGCUGGCUUCGUUCUGGCUUAG